UAUACAGAGCAGUUCAUUCUGCAAUGGCUGUCAGCAUGUGCAUGUAACAUAUGUCUCAACGUUCUCUUCCUUAAGUGUGACCUAUUUUUGUCUUGCCAUUUGAACACUGAUUGUUGACGUCCGCCACAAUGGCCGAUCUAGAUGAUUUUUUUGCCAAGAAAGACAAGAAGAAAUCUAAAGUCAAGAAGUUCACGGCUAGUGAGCUGUUGACUUCAUCUAAGUUCCACCAGGGAGAAGACGUGGCAGCCGUUCCGACCGGUGUUCCCAGGAAACCACCAGUCGAAAGGCCGAAAAAAGAAGAAAUUGUACAUGAAUCUGGAGACUCAGAGGCUGCCCCUGUUCAAAGCAAACCAACUGUAGAAGCUGAAGAAGAAGAAUGGGGUGAAUUUGAACAAGAGAAGGAACGUGAUUAUUCUGGUCUUAAGAUCCAGAAGUUGCAAAUCCAGGAUUCUGAAGAUGACUUUGGUGAUGAAUCUGGUGAAACAGAGCUGAAUGAAGAGGGUGAAGUUAUUAAAAAGGAACCUGCGGGACCUUGGAACAAGAUCAAUGCUCAGCCAACUACAAAUGUUAAAGUUAAAGAGGCAGUUGUGGAAAUUCCUACUCCAAAUACAGCUGGAGGUGUUUAUAUACCACCAAGUAAGCGAAACCAGCCUGCAGGAGGUAGCUCAAGCAGCUCUGCAUCUGCAUCAAGAUCACGAAUUGGAAAAAAAGAGAAGGGUGCACCAGACUUGAAUAACCAAGAAUUUUUCCCUACAUUGUCAGCAGCUGUGGCCAUUGAGCAGAACAACUUGAAACUCAAGAAAUUUGAACAGACGGAGCGUGGCUUUACCGAAGCUAAACCCAGUCGAUCCCAUUCUAAUCGCAACGCCGUUGUUCCAGGGCACGAGGGUCCUCAUCUCCACUUGGGCAACAAAUUUAAUGCCCUUUCCAACGACGACUAGAUAAAGGAAAUGUUAAGUCAGAAGUCAGGGUGUGUAAGUCCAGCUGUAAGGAAAGAAAAAGGUGAAUGAAUUGUUUCUGGUUGUAAUUUCUCUUUCUUUCCCUCCUUCUCUGUGGGCGAGUCAACUGUCAGCAACGAGAGCACAGAGGGGAAAGGGAGGCAAAUAUUCAAGGGACUUUGUUCUAUAGUUUAUGCUAGCUUAAUUGAUUCUUCCGUUGAUACUGAUACUGAGGGCUUUCUUGGCGUUUUGCAGAGAACUUUGGUUCUCUGUAGUUUUCUUUUCCUGCUCUUUGAUUGAUAAGAUGCAGGUGUGGGAAUCGAGAGCUUUGAUUUGCGGUAUGUUUCUAUUGAGUGCUCCUACGCGAUCCUACUUGCCAUUUGCGACCAAAAUCAACGUACUGAUCGAUAUUAGAGCCUAUUAUAAUGAAUUCCCUUUGCACUUUGAUACUGCUCCCCAAAAAAACGUCAUCCCGCGGGUGCCAUCCUUCUUUCAGCAAUUUACCGCUCUUUCUCUCCUUUCUCUUCUUGUAUCUCCAGGUUUUUUUUUUUUUUUCUCGCUACCCGCGGCUGGAUUGGAAAUGACAUGAAAACAAAACUAAUAGAUUGCAAUUCAAUUUUCCAA